GUGUUGAUUUUAUGUGUUUGCUCAUACUAUUUUUUCAGAUAGUUAAAUAACUUAUUCUUGGACAGUUGUUUAACCUGAUAAAUUAAGUUACGUCAUGUGUGACGUCAUCACUACUGUAGAUAUGCACAGCGGGGGUUCCCCUAUGCGUAUUAUUACGUCAGGAAUACCAGAAAUCGUGGGAAAAACUUACAAAGAAAGGUUUGAAUACGUCACAACGAAACUGGACUACGUCAGAGAGUUUCUAUGUUACGAACCACGGGGUUACCGAUACAUGACGUGUAUUCUUCCAGUGUUGCCGGAUGACGAAGCUGAUCUUGGUGUGAUUUUUAUUGCGGCAACACUGUACUUGCCUAUGUGUGGGGAGGCAUUGACCUGCUUUGCAAGAUACGCGGUUGACAAAAACUUGGUUAACAUGACAACACCGGAAACUAAGAUUGAUAUCCAAUGUCCGUGUGGUAUUGUGACGUGUCAUGUCGAUUGCACCAAUGGGAAGGCAGGGAAAGUUCGACUUGAAAGUGUUCCAUGUUACCUUCAUUCAAGCGACAUUCAACUUGUGCUAGAUAAUGACGUCAAUGUCACGGUUGACUUGUUAUACGGAGGUGCUUAUUACGUCAUCGUGUCUUGUUACGAGUUACAAAAAAAGUUGUCGAUGGAAAAUUUUCGCGUUUUGGAAGCUCUGAGUUAUGACGUCACAGUUAAAAUGAGGAAAUACGUCAAAGAGAAAUAUCAAGAAGACAAUCGUCCGUUUAUUUGCGGAACAAUCGUCCGUAGUCACGUGAGGAAUUCAAAUUCAUCCGAACAUUUCGUUAACGUCGGAGAAAUGCUGAUAAACCGAGGUUACUGUGGGUCAGCUACAAUGUCACGUGCUACGUUGGAUUAUUUUCAAGGUCAUCUUAAUAUUGGAGAAUCGCGUGUUUACAACAGUAUCGUCACCAACGAGGGGACAACUGCAACGGUGCUACGUACAGCGAACUAUGGGAACAAGAAAGCAGUCAUAAUUGGGAUACAAGGCAUUGGGUUCUACACUGGAAAGCACGAGUUUACGUUCGAACAUUCAGACAACUUAAAGAAUGGAUUUCUUGUGUAAAUUAUUUUGAUUUUAUAAACUUUAUGAUUAAUAAUUUUAGUUGAAUUAUAGUUAUGUGUCUUGCAGACACUUAUAAUUGAAAUAAAGUGCCGACGCCUCGACGUCAUGCACAGAUCAUUUUGAUUAGGAUUCCAUUCUCUAUAGUAAACAAAGAAUU